UAUCCUCCGCGGACGGCCGGGGAGAAGCGGCUCUCUCUGCUCUCCAUCAUCUGCAGGAACAUGCGAGAGGGGAGCGGUGACAAAAUGUCAGCUCGGGCCGCUCUCCCUCCGCCGCUGCAGACAUGAGCGGAGUCCCGACCGGCCUUCCCCUCCCGCAACAAGUCGCUCUCACCGCCAUGCGGAUCCACUGCAGAGUAGUUGCGAUCGCCGCGGGUUUCGGAGUUUUUCUACUUUUGUACUUUUUGGGGAGCAGCAGCAGCGGCGGCGGCGGCGCGGGCGACUCGCUGCCGCUGAAAGAAGUUGGAGAGGCUCGGGAGUUGGAGGAGGGCGGCGAGUCCUCCUGGUCGCCGUCGUCUUACCUGGAAAACGAAGCCAAGUUGGCGAGAAAACCAGUCGCUGAAGUGGGAAAAGAAAGCAGAGCUUUUAACAGAGGAAGGGGCAGCGUGAAUACCAGAAGGAACUUUCAGAAUAAUGUGGUCCGACAUGUGCCGAAGCACAGCCGGGUCGAGGAGGUCAUGCACCUGGCCGUGGUAGCAUGUGGGAAUCGUCUGGACGAAACCCUCACCAUGGUUAAAUCUGCAUUGCUGUUCAGCCAGAAGAAGAUAAAGUUUCACAUUUUCGCUGAAGACGCCUUGGCGCCACAGUUCAAAGAAAAGCUGAACCAGUGGCCUCACUUCAUGUCUACCAGGUUCCAGUACAGGAUCUACCCCAUCUCCUUCUCUGUGGGCGACGCUGACGAGUGGAAGAAGCUCUUCAAGCCCUGUGCUGCUCAGAGACUCUUUCUCCCGGUUAUCCUGAAAGACGUGGAUUCGUUACUAUAUGUGGACACAGAUGUGCUGUUCUUGCGACCCAUGGACGACAUCUGGGUGUUCCUGAAGGCCUUCAACAGCACCCAGCUGGCAGCAAUGGCCCCGGAGCACGAGGUGCCAAAAAUCGGCUGGUACAGCCGCUUCGCCCGGCACCCGUUCUACGGAGACACGGGGGUCAACUCGGGCGUCAUGCUGAUGAAUCUCACAAGGAUCCGRAGCACGCUGUUUAAGAAUAGCAUGAUUCUCAGCGGUCUGUCAUGGGAGGAUCUUCUCCAUCCACUUUACCAGAAAUACAAGAACCACAUAACCUGGGGSGACCAGGACCUGCUCAACAUCAUUUUCCACUACAACCCAGAGUGUCUCUUUAUCUUUCCCUGCCAGUGGAACUACAGGCCGGACCACUGCAUGUAUGGGAGUAACUGCAAAACUGCUGAGGAGGAGGGUGUGUCCAUCCUCCACGGUAACCGAGGCGUCUAUCACGACGACAAGCAGCCUGCGUUCAAAGUAAUGUACGAUGCCAUACACGAUUUCCCUUUUGAAGACAACAUGUUCCAGUCACUCUUCUAUCCCAUCCAGACCAAGUUCCUGGACACGGUUAACACCCUGUGUGGUCGCAUUCCUCAAGUUUUCCUCAAGCAAAUAGAAAAGACAAUGAGGAAGGUGUUUGAGGAGAAAGUGGUGCGCAAAGUCAGGCGGGACAAAUGAGAUGAAACUGGACUCCYUGGGGAUUCUGUGUCGUUUCAGCCUCUUUUGGACCGAGCUGCUUGUUUGCACUGUUCAGCACAUAAACCCUCUGGGAAUGAGGGUCUCAUUAAUGCUCUGAUACAGUGUGAUGGUGUGGGGACUGAUACACUGCUGAUCAGUGAUGCAACACAAUAGUUUUGGCUUUACUUUAGUCGAAUUUUAUUCCGAUGUAGGGGUGAUGAAGAGCUUCAGAAGACGGUGCGAUUUGUUUGAUGGUUCUGAUACAAAGGUAUACGCUCAUCUCAAAAUGUCGAAGGAAAAAAUUUAAAGCAUGCUUUGAUCAAUUGUACAAAGAUAUCUACGUGUAUUUUUCUUUCAAGUUAUUUGAAAUAUUUUUUCUAGUGUU